UAGUCGGCUCGGAAACACCGGCAUCAACGUAUCUUUUUUUACCGUCGUAUCUAAUUAUCAAUGUUUUCAUGAAAAAAAAAAAAAAAAAACAAUCUAUUUACUAAUUUGAUUUGGUGUUAUUGUUGACAAUUAUAACAAGUGAAAAAUUUACUAAAAUUCAAGAUGGUUAAUGAACGUAAAAAAUCAAUUUUAAUGAGAAUAACUGGUAUGGAGGGUAAAUUCAAUAGUCAAAACCCCGAAGAUGAUGGAACAACUCGUGUAAAUGGAAAAAAAUCAUCGAUAACAUUGAAUGUCAAUGGUUUAUGGGAUGUUGUACCACGUCUUGAUCAUUACAGAGCAAGUAGACGUGCCAAAAGACCAUCGUUGAGUGAUUUACACGAAGGAAAUCCUGUUAAAGAUGCUAACGUUGAAUCUGGAGCAGCAGGAAAUGGACAGACUGGACAUGUUGGAAUGAAACUUGGCUGGAUACAGGGUGUUCUAAUACCAUGUUUAUUAAAUAUAUGGGGUGUUAUGUUAUUUCUUCGUUUAUCAUGGAUUGUUGCACAAGCUGGAAUAUUUGAAUCAAUUAUUAUAAUUGCAAUAUCAGCUGUUGUUUGUGUUAUAACAACCCUAAGUCUCAGUGCAAUUAGCACUAAUGGUGAAGUAAAGGGAGGUGGAAUAUAUUUUAUAAUAUCAAGAUCAUUAGGACCAGAAUUUGGAGCAUCAGUUGGUAUUGUAUUUGCAUUUGCAAAUUCAGUAUCAGCAUCAAUGAAUACAAUUGGUUUUUGUGAUUCAUUAAAUACACUAUUAAAAAGUCAUGGAAUUAAAAUUAUUGAUAAUGGUCUUAGUGAUACGAGAAUCAUUGGUUGUAUUGCACUCAUUGUGAUGAUAUUAAUAUGUGCAAUUGGAAUGGAAUGGGAAUCAAAGGCACAAAAUUUUUUAAUUGCAAUUAUUGUAAUUGCAAUAUUUGAUUUUUUAAUUGGUACUGUACUUGGACCUGGUGAUAAUGAAUUACUAAAAGCCAAAGGAUUUGUUGGUUUUUCAUCUCAUGAAUUUACAACAAAUUGGAAUAAUGAUUAUCGUAUUUAUGAGAGACAAGAACAAAAUUUUAUAUCAAUAUUUGCAAUAUUUUUUCCAUCAGUAACUGGUAUACAAGCUGGUGCAAAUAUAUCUGGUGAUUUAAAAGAUCCAUCAAAUAGUAUACCAGUUGGUACACUAUUAGCAUUAUUAAUAUCAAUGAUAAGCUAUGUUACAUUUGUUCUAUUUGCUGGUGGUGCUGCUGUUCGUGAUGCAAGUAAUAUAACAUUUAAUGGAACAAAUUUCACAGCUAUACCAUGUGUUGUUGAUACAUUAAAUAAUUGUCAAAAUGGUUUACAUCAUGAUGUUUCAAUAAUGAAUAUAAUGUCAGUAUGGGAAGGACUUAUUUAUGCUGGUUGUUUUGCAGCAACAUUAUCAACAGCAUUGACUAAUUUAUUAUCAGUACCACGUUUAAUACAAGCACUUGGUAAAGACAGAAUUUAUCCUGGUUUAAUUUAUUUUAGCAAAGGAUAUGGUAAAGCUGGUGAACCAUAUCGUGGCUAUGUUCUAACACUAAUUGUAGCAGCAGUAUUUUUAUUAAUUGGUGACUUAAAUGCAAUUGCACCACUAAUAUCAAAUUGUUAUUUGGCAUCAUAUGCUUUGAUUAAUUUCUGUACAUUUCAUGCAGCAAUUGUUAGACCACUUGGUUGGCGUCCAACAUUUAAAUACUACAACAGAUGGCUAUCACUUGUUGGUUUUAUAUUGUGUGUUGUAUUUAUGUUUCUCAUUGAUUGGAGAACAGCUCUUAUAACUGUUGUUGUUAUUCUUGCAUUAUUCUUAAUAGUUGUUUAUAGAAAACCUGAUGUUAAUUGGGGUAGUAGUACACAAGCACAAACAUAUAAAACAGCAUUAACUGUUGUUUAUCGUUUAAAUUGUAUGGAUGAACAUGUUAAAAAUUAUGCACCACAAAUAUUGGCAUUAUCUGGUGCACCAGGUACACGUCCUGAUUUAUUACAUUUAGCUAAUUUAAUAACUAAAAAUAAUUCAUUACUUGUUUGUGGUGAAGUUAAUCCAACACGUUUAUCAUAUCGUACAAGAUCAGCAAGAUUAAGAAAUGGCUAUGCAUGGUUACAACGUCAUCGUAUCAAGUCAUUUUAUCAUGUUGUAAGUGAUCUUAGUUUAGAACGUGGUGCAUCAGCCCUAAUGCAAGCAUCUGGAGUUGGUAAAUUAGCACCAAAUGUUGUUCUAAUGGGUUACAAAACAACAUGGACAACUUGUCAUCAUAAAGAUCUUCAGGAAUAUUUUAAUGUUCUACACAAUGCAUUUGAUCAAAAAAUGGCUGUUGCAAUGUUACGUGUACCAAAUGGUCUUGAUUAUUCAGUACCAAAUAGUACUGGUGAUGAUGAACAAGCAAUGAUACAAAGUAGCUAUGAUUUAGCUGGUAAUACAUUGAUGCAUGCUGACAGUGAUUUAUCAAUGACAAGUGGUAUUCAACGAGUACAAAGUGUACCAACAAUUGGCACACAAUUUUCAACUGUUGAUGGACCAAAUCAAAUUGCCAAAGAAUCAUCAACAAAUUUCAAUGCACGUGAUCAUUUAAAAUAUAAAAAAAAAUUUGCAGCUGAUAAAGUACUUUACGAACAACGUAAUGCUGUAAUUUCUGAGCUAGAAUAUAUUUCAAUAUUUCAAAAAAAACACAAGUCAGGAGUCAUUGAUGUUUGGUGGCUGUAUGAUGAUGGAGGUUUGACAAUACUGCUGCCUUAUAUUAUCAACACAAGAUCAAAUUGGGAAAAUUGUAAAAUGAGAAUAUUUGCAUUGGCUAAUCACAAGCAAGAAAUUGGAGCACAAGAAAAAGAAAUUGCAGAAAUAAUGACGAAAUUUCGUAUUCAAUAUAAAAGUUUAAAAAUGGUUGAUGACAUAAGUGUACAGCCAAAAAAAGAAACUCAAGAUUUCUUUGAUUCACUUGUAUCGGAAUUUCGUAAAAAUGAUAAUGCUGAUUCAUCCGAGUGUGUUAUAACUGAUGUGGAAUUACAAAGUUUGCGUGAUAAGACUUAUCGACAAUUACGUUUGCGAGAAUUAUUGUUAGAAAAUUCUAGUCAAUCAGCACUUGUAGUGAUGUCUUUGCCAAUGCCAAGAAAAGGUGCUGUAUCAGCACCACUUUACAUGGCAUGGUUGGAAGCCCUGACAAGAGACAUGCCAACAACUUUACUCAUUCGAGGAAAUCAAACUUCAGUUUUGACAUUUUACUCGUAGUCUAAUGAUAUUCAUUCAUUUAAUCAACAUAAAUAUUUUUAAAUUGUUUAAAUAAAUAUAUUUUUACACAAUCAUAUUAAAAGAUUGAAAAAAAUUAUAAGAAAACUUGGCAACAAAAUCAUUUCCUGGUUUUGAAAGUGUAUUACGAAAAAUAAUAAUUAUUGAUGUCCAAAAUAAUAUGAAAAUAAAGAAUUGUUCCAUAAAAAAAAAAUCUGCUUGUAUCGAAAAAAAUAAAUAAUAAAGAAUCAAAAAGUAUACAUAUAAAUUUACGUGGUCAUAAAAAUUAUUAAUACAGUCGACUAAUAAAAUUAAAAAAUACAAUUAAUGUUUGCUAAUACAAAUGAUAAUUGAUAAUUAAAUUUACAAAAUAAAUAAAUAAAUUACAAAAGAUUCAAUAUAUCAUGAAACAAAAAUAAUUUAACAAACUGAUGAAGAUUGUUAAUUUGUUUAAUAAAUUUUUUCUUGUUUUUUAAUCUUGCUAUUUUAGAUUUUUUAAAAAAUAAUUUUAAAGACUACUAAAUUGAGAUUAAAUGAGCAUUUAUUUUCGACAUAUAUUGUAGUAUAUUAUCAAAAUAUAAAUAAAUAAUAUAGUAUAUCAAAAAUAAUAUUAUUAAAAAAUAUAAAAUUUUUAAAUUCAAUUUUUAUGCAUCCAUAAUUUUAGAACGAAUUUUACCAAUUAAAAUUGGUGAUCUGAAAUAUUAAUUAAAUAUAAAAUUAAUUAUUAUUAAUAAAAAUUUUAAAAAUAGAAAAAAUAUUAAUCUCACUUUGGAGAUUGGCUUUCAUAAAGUCUUGCAAAUACAGGUUGAACAUGUUCAAGCAUAUCAGUUGUAAGCAUUCCUCUUUGUUUAUUUAUCCUAUUUAUUUUUAAUUUUUAGUUUGUAAAAUAUACUAAAAAAUAUAAUUUAGUUUAUAAAAAGAUACAUAUUA